CCACGUCCUGCCCGGCCUGCACCUUCCUCAACCACCCCGCCCUGCGCGCCUGCGAGAUCUGCGGCACGCCCCUGCCUCCUCCACCCUCCCGCCCGACUUCGACUUCCUCGAUGCGGUCCGCACUGGCCUCUCGCCUCGCCACGCCUCCGCCUCCCCCCUCCUCCUCCGCACAGGUCAAAGAAGAAACGCGCUCGAUCAAGCUCUCCUUCCGCAAGGGCGGCGACCGCGCCUUCUACGCCGCACUCAAGCGGGCUCUCACCGGCAAAGCCUGGGAGUCCACCGCGCUCUCCAAGCCAAAACCGACCGGAUCGCAACAACCCGCCGCCGGCAUCCACGGCGUGCUCACCACCGUCUCCUCCUCCGCCCACCACACCGCCACGGGCAUGACCACCGCCCUCGCCGACCUCGAAGCGCUCAUGGCCAAAGCCAAAGACAUGGUCGCCCUCGCCGCCGACCUCAACGACCGCCUCACCGCGCUCACUUCCUCCUCCACCACCCUCUCCCCUUCCUCCUCCACGACCGCGACCGCAAAUACAACGACGACGACGAUCAUCGAACCGGAAGAAGCGACCUUCAUCCGCUCCUCGCUCACCCAGCUCGGGCUCCAGAUCCCGCACGCGCCCGUCACGCUCGACAUGGUCCAAGACGAGCGGCGCUGGCUCGACGCGCUCGCGCGCGAGCUCGCCGGCGUCCUCCAAGGCAGCGGCGGUACUGCAGGCGGCGGUACUAAAGAAGGACGAGGCGGACGAGGGGGACGAGGCGGUCUGAUGGCGCGCCGGGGCGUGAUGGGCCUCGACGAGGCAUGGGGCGGGUGGAACCGCGCGCGCGGGGUCGCCCUCGUCCCGCCCUCGACCUUCCUCCAGGUCCUCCCCCACCUCCCCGCGCACACCCGGCCCCCCGUCCGCGCCCGCAAGCUCGGCUCGCGCGGCGUGCACAUCCUGCACGUGCCCGAGUACGCGCCCGCCGCGUUCGCGGCGCGGCUCGUGGGCUUGAUCGCGCUCGCCGGGCCGCGUACGGCGGUCGAGGUCGCGAGGGAGGAGGAAGGGGAAGGGGGAGAAGGGGGAGGGGGAGGGGGAGGAGGUGUGCCGCUGGGCUUGGUGGUGGAGAUGGUGAGGGAGGUGGAGGAGGCCGGGGAGGUGGUGAGGGAUGAGGAGGAGGGGAGGGGCGGGGCGGCGGGGGGCGGGGGAGAGGUGAGGUGGUGGGUGAACGAGUGGAGGGGGUAUGUGUGGGACGGGCAUGUGUUCGAUGAUUAG